AUGUCUUCACCUAUCAGACCGUUGUCUCCUAAACGAGACAGCCUCAUCAAUUCCAGGAGUCCAUCCCCCAACAAAUCCAAGACGUCGACACCUAGAAACCCCUUCGUUCAGACUCUGCCUGUUAAAUUGCCAAAGCUCGGCGUCAGCUUGACUCCCUCUCGCAAGAGCACAGCCCUCAGCUUCACCAUCUAUGAAGAUAAGCCUGAGGACCACGCUAAGUACCACCACACAGAAUACACCGCCGAAGUGCACGACGACAAGGAGAACAUUUUGCAACCCAAGGUUAUGGCGUUGAAGCAGACGUCGGGCCUUGCAGGCUUACGUGGCACCAGAAGCCCGUUGGCCAACUUGAGUAUCUCAGAGUACCCAGGCUACCUUAUAUCCGACGCUGCAUUCACUUACCAGAGAAGGCUCGACCAGUUGUAUCAGCCCAAACACUACAACAACGAGUCCCGUAGCGUUCACAAGUUCAACCGAUUGCCCAGCUACAUCACUCCUCCUAGAAAUGCCAUGAAGAAGUUGUUAUACCAAACAAGAGCCAAUGAGGACGACGACGUUGAGAAACGGUUGGCAGCCAAGCUGCAAAAUUUGAUGCGGAGGAAACGUGCCAUGUCUGUUGGAGUCAACAAGGGCAAGGCACAUUUAGUCGUCAAGAAUAAAUUCAAGGUGGCUUCCACCUAG